AUGCAGGGCUGCACCACACUGAGCCGGCCUCCCCUGGGCCUGAUCCUGGUCUGUCUGUGUCUCCCAGGCCUCUUUGCCCGGAGCGUUGGUACAGCAGAGGAGAAAGUUUCCCCACGCUUGGGGACCAACUUAGCCCUCCUGGGACAACCUUCCCUCACAAGCAUCUCCCACUCUGGACAGCCUCAGUCCAAGCCAGAUCCAGUGUCUAAUGACAUAGUGGGGGCUUUUCCAAGGCUCAAUGUGUCCCCACCGGAUGGCCCCCUACCUGUGGCAGGCCUUGAGGAGCAGAGCUGGCCUCCAUCCCGGGGACCGCCCACCAUGGAGUCCUGGCUCUCUGAGGACCCUUGGCAGGUGAUGGCUGCUGAGGACCAGUUGGAGCAAGUGCCUCCCGAAGGCCUGUCUUACCUUUCCAGUGGUCACCCUGCUGGGCAGCCCUCACCUGAGGCUUCCCACCCCCACGACUCAGAGCCUAGACGGCUACCUGUUUCCAGUCCACUGGGAGCCCAGGGAGACAUCUUUGCCCAGCGUCCAUUCUGGUCUCUCAUCCAUAGGCUUCUGCCUGGUCUCCCCUGGGGGGUCUUAAGUCCCAGUGUAUCUUGGGGAGGUGGUGCUGGAACUGGAUGGGGAACAAGGCCCAUGCCAUAUCCUUCAGGAAUCUGGGGUAGCAAUAGUCAAGUCCCAGGUACUAGCUGGGUGGGUAAUGGCCAGUACCCAGCAGGCAGCUGGGGAGGGAAUGGCCGGUACCCAGCAGGCAGCUGGGGGGGGAAUGGCCGGUACCCAGCAGGCAGCUGGGGGGGGAAUGGCCGGUACCCAGCAGGUAGCUGGGGGGGGAAUGGCCGGUACCCAGCAGGUAGCUGGGGGGAUCUGCCCAUCUAUCCACCUAUCCAC